UCUGCUGUUAGCCACGCUCCUCCCACCAUUCAAUUCCAUCUAUCACCCUGGUGAACUGGGAAUAUCUGUAUUUCUUAAAUACAACAGCCCGUCACACAGUUUGGCAUUUUCACUGAGAAGACUGAGCAAGACAAACAGAAGGAGAGAAAAAGAGGUGAGAAAAGGCAGGAAAAAAAAGAUUCAGGUUUACAGUCUCUGUCUGCUGUGAACUUCCUGUUACGAUGGAAACCACAUUCACACUGCUGUUUUGUCUGUCCAUACUGAUGACUGCCAUAGAGCUUGGUAAAGCAGGUAAUGAAGACCGAAUCAGUCUGUAUAGGCAGAUUCACAGCCAUGAAAGAGCAAAACGACAGGCUGGAAAUCACCUGACUGUUACCACUAUCCUGCAAGAGCCAUUUACCAUGCUAGAAGGCUCAAAAUUCGAAGGAUAUUGCAUGGAUCUGUUGGCAGAACUAUCUAAAAAGCUUGGAUUUACUUAUAAUGUGAGUUUGGUGAAAGAUGGGCGCUAUGGUCAAUUAGAUCAGGAGAACAACUGGAAUGGAAUGAUUGGUGAGGUCAUUAGAAAGGAAGCUGAUUUGGCAGUGGCUCCCCUAACAAUAACAGCAGUGAGAGAAAAAGCAAUUCUGUUCACCAAGCCAUACAUACAGACAGGGAUUGGUAUACUAGUGCGAAGGGAUGCUAUUCCUGAAGACAUUGGCCUCUUUCGUUUUCUGAAUCCUUUUUCUAAAGAGAUUUGGAUUGGUGCUCUGGCUGCUUUCCUUGUCACAUGUCUCUGCUUGUUUCUUGUAGCAAGAGUCAGUCCUUAUGAAUCCCAGGAAGAAGAAACAGGUUUGACCCUUUUGAACAGCCUGUGGUAUGGUACUGGAGCGUUCACUCUGCAAGGAGUGGAUCCCCAGCCAAAGGCUCUGUCAACUCGUAUUAUUGCUGUGGUUUGGUGGCUUUUCACCAUUGUGCUAGUAACAGCCUACAUUGCCAGCUUUGCUGCUCUGCUGAACACAAAAACACAACAGCCAAGCAUUCAGACCUUUGAUGAUCUUUUGAAACAGAAGACACUUGCAUUUGAAACUUUAAGGGAGUCAUCUACAUACAACUUCUUUAAGACUUCCAAACGGCCAACUUAUCGAAUGAUCUACGAAUACAUGGAUAAGAGGAAAGAGUCCGUGUUAGUAUCAACCUUUGAUGAGGGUGUCAAAAGAGUGCAGGAGUCAAAUUAUGCCUUCAUUGGCGAAUCUGUAUCACUGGACCUGGUUGCAGCUAAGCACUGCAAUUUAAUGAGAGUCAAUGAGGUGAUUGGAGCAAGAGGAUACGGCCUGGUCGCUGCAAACGAUUCAAAAAUUAUCAGAAGUCUUUCUGUGGCCAUCUUGGAGAUGGGUGAAACUGGAGAGCUAAGCUACUUAAAGGAGAAAUGGUGGGAUAGCAAAUGUGUUACUGAGGAGACUGGAGGAUGGACCCCACUAGAACCAAAGCCCCUUGGAGGAAUUUUUAUUAUCCUUGCUGUUGGAUUAGUUAUUGGAUUGAUUGUGGCAGUGGUAGAAAUGGUACUUAAAUCUAGACACCAGAAGAAGUCAUGUUGCAAUGUCUUCUCAGAGGAGCUUACCCGACAAUUCAAAGGAGAAGAGGUAGAAAAGCCUACAGAGAAUGCAGAGGCAGAAAAACCAUAAAUGACACUAACAAUACAGUUGUCUUGUUCUGUCUGUAUCUGAGCCACAACUGUUUUGAUCUAACAGAACAGUGCCUGUGGAAAACAACCCACACAGUGUAAUAUUUGUUGUAGUCUGUUUUCUAUGCACUAGCGAUAAGCCUUCCAUUUCCGGUAUUAGUUAGAAAUGUGUGUUAUUGUGCUAAAUUAAUGGGUUGCAGAUAUUGGUAUAUGUGGUAGAUGUUAAAUCUUAUGAUACAUUUCUAGCUAGCAGAAUCGUUUUAACAUCCAGAUUGUUAGUGUUUGGCUCUUGAGUUUUUAUAUUAAUCACUUUUCCCUUAAAUAUAUAUCGCAAAUGUUUGGUGUGUCUAUAUUAAGCACCAUGUCUCUGCUUUUCCUUAAAAAAUUCUUACUUUCUAUUAAUGUAAUUAAGAAACAUGUCAUUUUGUAGUGUAUCUGUUUAAAGAGAUGCCCUAAUAUAUAAACUACUUUUGAGUGCAAAUUUUUGAGCAGGCCAUGGAAGAUCUACCCAUAUUAUAAUCAGAGUUUGCCUCUCCACUGCUUUUUAAAAAUAUGGCUGUAGUUUGUUUUGCCCACUAAUUCUAUAAAGUCUAAACUAAUCAAAAUAAUGCUUUUUCAUUGGCUACAAAAAUAAAAACAUUUUGCUUCCUUCAUUUCUAAAAAAAAAUAAUAAUAAUAAAUCAUAUUCAGGUACAGGAAUUUUAGUUCACAAAUGCAUUGAUAAAAUUUUAAAGAGUCCGAACUACACUUACUGUAAACUUUGAUGAGUAGUACAGUAUAUUCUGAUAAAGUCACUCUGUUACUUACUUGUUUAAAAGUAAAUGCACUGCAGUGCAUUCCAUUUUUCUGCCACACACACAGACAUAUAACCAUUGCCCUAUGAUUCAGUGGUGAAUAAGGAAGAGCAAGCCCUUUAAAAUGUUGGUAUAUAAUAAUUUUGUAAUCUGUGACUUACCAGACAUGAGUUCCUAAGUUUCUUCUCAUGUCUUAUAAAUAUGGAAUGUUGUACUAUAUUGAUGUUUGGUUCAUAGCAGUAUUAGAUAUAAGGUUUGUAUCUGUAUAACAUUUCAUACUGUGCUGUGAUAUUCAUGAGAUUAAACAGAUAAUGCCGGA